AUGAAAAGACAAGACUUAAUCGUCGCACUCUUGGUGCCCACUUUCGUUCUUCAUUUGACCAGCAGUCAGUCAUGUGAGCCUGUGGACUGUAUUCUGUCGGAAUGGGGCGAGUGGAGUGAGUGCUCACAGUCGUGUGGCGAGGAUGGGGUUCGAGACAGAUACCGGAGUCUCCUUGCAGGUCCGGUCUGUGGAGGGACGUGCCCCGGACAGACCCACGAGACCGAGCCGUGUAACAUCCGGUGCUGCGCAGAGAAUUGUGCCUUCACGGAGUGGUCUCCCUGGGGCGGGUGUCGCUGUGACGUGGGCAUCCACUGCUCUGGCGUCAUCUCCAAGGUCGUGUGCCUCCGGUUCCGGGAGAAGACGGAGGACGCCAAAUGCGGCGGUUACUGCGACAGUGUGACGUACAACGCGGACUGCGGCCGGCCCUGCUGCUACAAGGACUGCAUCAUGGGCGGCUGGGGUCCGUGGGGCGAGUGCGACGCCCGCUGCGAGUCGGAGGGAAAGCGUCACCGACAUAGGGAAGUGAUCCAGCAGCCCAACUGUGGCGGGAAGCGAUGCCAGUUUGCGCGGGACACCACCUUCUGUACCGGGCCCUGCUGUCCACAAGCCUGUGUCAUGGGCGACUGGAGCGAGUGGUCAGACUGUCCAGCCACUUGCGGUGAGGCAACGAUCGAGCGCUCUCGCUUCAUCAAACUGCCCGUGUGUGGAGGGGAAGAAUGCCCAGAGACCAAUACACAGGAAACCAAGACUUGUGAGAAAUACGUCAACGAGGACUGUAAGAUGGGUCCUUGGGGCGAGUGGACGACUUGUGAACUUGCAAACGGCCAGUGUGGGGAAGGAACAAAGCAGAGAGAAAGGGUGGUCCUGAUCGAUCAAAAGUGUAAGGGAGCCCCUUGCCAGAAUCUGACAGAAACUGCCGUCUGCUAUGGGCCAUGCUGUAGAAAAGACUGCGAAGUUGGAGACUGGACUGGCUUUGGACAUUGUUCAACCACUUGCGGGACAGGGUUAAGUAACCGCACACGUGAGAUCUUCACCGAGCCCGAGUGUGAAGGCACGGCCUGCCCGGACGUGGUUGAGUUCCAGAAGUGUCAGAUUGACCAGGCGGUGGACUGUGAGUUCCAACCUUGGUCAGACUGGUCGGCAUGCAGUUCAUCAACUCCUGCUCAGAUCAAAAUCAACAAUACGGAGAUCUCCGAGUUGCUAAGAUAUGGCCAGUGCUUUGCUGAGCUCUCGACGGAAGUGGACGACGAAGCCUGGGAUCGACACACCUACACCAUCACCAACGACCCCUCCGGUGGUCUCACCAUCAAAAAGCAAUACGUCUGUGUGGGAGCUCCAUUUGAUUUUGAAUCAUCAAAGUAUAAAGAAUGGUCAACCACGAUACGCUCCACUGAUCUAGACGGGCUCAGUGUGGAGGACACAUUUUCGUUUUCGCUUCUCAACGACAAUGACCCACCAAGAUCAGCCAAGCUUGUUCCUGACGAAGUACCGGAGAACAGUCCUAAAGGGACAGAGAUCGGAUGUUUCGUAACCGAGGAUGAUGAUCCAGGACAGACAUUGUCGGUUUACUUGCUGGCUGUGAAUGGUUUAUUUGAGCUGUACCACAAUGGAGAGAGUUACUGCCUCAGGGUAGCGGCUGAUUCAGAGGAGGACUGCGCUGAACUCGGAGGUAAUCGGUGCGCUCUGAAUCACGAAGAGUCAGAGGAGAUCUACAUUGCUGUCAUGGUCCAAGAUGACGCCAACCCUCCUUUGUCCAAGUACUUUGACAUAGCAGUCAAGAUCACAGAUACCAAUGAGCUCAUCACAGGAGUUACUUUAGAGCCAGAGAAUGUUCCGGAAAACAUUAAAGCGGGUGAACAUCUUGUGGAGUUGGUUGCUGAAGAUGAAGACGUUGAUGACGUACAUACGUUUGAAAUUCUGGAGGAUCCUUCUGGUUUGUUCGGCAUUGAUGGCAACUUCUUGAUUGCGUCAGUCGAGCUUGAUUUUGAGACGCACCCAAACGCGUUGUACUCCCUCAAGAUCAAAGCCACUGACACAGGCCCCCCGCAGUCUCAGGCUGAAGAAACUGUGACAUUCGGGAUUAAAGAUGUCAACGAAUAUCCUUACCAGCUCAUGCUUUCCUCCUCAAAUUCACUACUUUCAUACCACCUCAACAAGCCCAAAGUCAGAGAGAACAUGCCAUCGGUGGUGGUCGGUACUAUUUCUGUGUAUGACCCAGAUAUCAGAGAUGUAAUCAAUAUUGAACUGAGUGAUGACAAUUUUGGAAUCCUCAACUUCAAAUGCUCCACUGUACUGGGCAACUAUAUCAACUAUUGUAGUGGCCAGCUCGAGUAUUUUAAAGGAUUUAAUUAUGAAGAGGCUCCAUUGGUUGAGCUGAAUAUUAAAGCUCAUGAUAUGUUCAACCACUAUAUUGAGCUAGAUGUGGAGGUAGAAGUGAUAGACAUGGAUGACCCACCAACGAACAUACUGAUAGAUGGAAAUAACACAGAUACAAUCUACGUGGAAGAAAACGCAAAUGGCAUAGUCGUGGCUGGCAUUUCUGCAGCUGAUGAGGAUGAGAAUGAUGAGCAUACGUUUUUUCUGUCUGGUCCAGCAUCCAAUCUGUUCCACAUAGAAGACAACUCUCUCCUGACUGCUGAUGUUGCCAAAUUAGACUAUGAAAACUUUAAACCAAUCACACUGACAAUAACUGCUGUAGAUGAAGGCGAAACGGAGAUGACGUUUGCAAAAACAUUUAACAUAAUUGUGACGGAUGUCAACGAACCCCCAACAGAUGUUGUAUUCUCCGAAACAAAGGUGAAGGAAAACAGCAAGGAAGGCACGUUAGUGGCAACUCUCUCAGCUGUGGAUGCUGAUCACACGGGGGACCACCGUCAGUCGUUUACAUGUAUGUUUCAGGUAUGCACCCUGGACUACGAGGGCUCCAGAGAAGUGCUGGUUCACGUGACGGUGACUGAUGAUGGCUCACCACCUCAGAGUUUCGUCAAGGCAAAAAUAAUCGAAGUAACUGACGAGAACGAUCCACCACACAGCGUGGCGCUGAGCUCUAGUCAAAUCAGGGAGAACAAAAUCAGCAACUCUUUAUUUUUUGCAACAUGCUCUUUGUUCUCAAGUUCAUGCUCAACUUUUAUGUGGUACCAAUGUCCAAUUGUAUUUACAUACAACUCUUUUUGUUUUACAUCACACCCUCAUUUUAUGUCAGAUUCCAAUAAUUGGAUUACUUUUCUCUUCACAGGUAUUCUUUUAGCAGUAAAUGAAGAUGAAGGUCAAGUUUUGGAAUUCACAUUGCUCAAUCACACAGAGCAUUUUGGUAUCCAGUCUCAGAACCAGUUAGUUCAGCUGGCCCCUCUGGAUUUUGAGAAACAAGAGAAAUACUUUGUGCAAGUUGAAGUGAAAGACAACGGGGAACCUCCAUUGUCAGUAAGUAGACAAGGCAGUGACCAUUCUUUGUUUGUCAGUACUGUUUACGGCUUGCAUGUCACACCAAAAUUAAAAGCCGCAUUUGCCAACUUUAUGGACCCUGACAACAAGGACUCGAUGGAGAUAACUGUGACUGACUUUGAGGAUGUUUUUGUCAUCAAAGAUAUUGAGACUGAGCCUAUGGAAGGAGGUGGCACUGCAGUUACUGCCAAGCUGACCACGGGUGCUCUGUUGGACUAUGAGGAGCGAUCUAAGUACUCUGUUGGCCUCAAAAUGGUGGACAGGAAGGGUUCAGAGGUCACCACUUACAUCGACAUCGAGGUGGAAGACGUCAACGAUGCACCACAGGAUAUUCUCCUGGAUGGCUUGAGUCAGCGCCAGCUGGAGGUAGAGGAGGGCGCGGUGGCCUCCCUUAGUCUGCUCACGGCUGUGGACCAGGAUGCAGGACAGACUCACUCCUUCAAGAUUCUGGAGCAGCCUGGGGACAGCUUUGAACUGGUCAACAGUCGCUUGUCUGUAUCAAAAGCCCUUGACUAUGAAAGCAGCCCCAGUGUUGAUCUUGUCCUGGAAGCUUGGGAUAAUGGAACUCCAUCCUACAGUAUUCAGAAAACUGUCACGGUGCUUGUGCGGAAUGUGAAUGAGCCACCUACAGAGCUGCUUUUGUCACAAACUGAGGUUCCUGAAAACAGUGUAGACAGCACAGUUGUGGGAUUCUUCACAGCAACAGAUUCUGAUAGUACUGAAGACUUUGAAUUCACACUGCUUGAUGACGCUAAUGGGAAAUUUAAGAUCCAGGGAGAUAAGCUCAUGGUAACUAUGAUUGCUUGUCGUAUGACAUCAACGUUGAAAGCUGUGGUGCAUAAUCUGACUUUUUUGUCUGACCAGGUUGUGUCCCCUUCCCAGUGCUCGAGUGAUGACCAAAGCUCUUGUUCUCUGGACUAUGAAACUCAAAGUUCCCAUCAAAUCAAAGUCCUUGUCAAAGAUAAUGGUUUACCUCCUGGCAGUGCAACCUUUGACCUGGAGAUCAGUGUAACAGACGAAAAUGAUCUUCCACAUGACAUUAAAUUGAGUGGUGAUGAAGUUGAAGAACUAGCACCUGCUGGAACAAAUAUUGGACGUUUGUCGGUGCAGGAUGAGGACGCAGGACAGUCUCACACUUUCAGCAUUUUUGAUGACAGUGAGGGGGCAUUCCGAAUUGACAAUGGAGAUACUCUGGUGAAAGCCACUGAUGAUAGAUUGGAUAUCAGCAAGAUUUACGUUGUCACCGUUCUUGUCACCGAUGAUGGGGAACCGUCGAGAAGUGUAAGUUCCAUUUUUUCAAGUCUGUUACAGAUUGUCUGCAUCAUGAGCAUUAUCCAUUUCCAGGCUGAGGGAACCUUCUACAUCAGUAUCACAGGUGUGAGUGAAGCUCCUCAGAACCUCAAGGCCACAGCUCAGGGGGACACGGUUCAAGUGGAAGAGACGACCUUGAGCAUAAAAGAAGAUGUUGCCGUGGAUGAAGUCAUCGCUAGAGUGGAGGCUGAAGACAGUGAUUUGGAUCAGACUGUGACAUUCUCUCUUUUGGUUAAUGGAGGUGGGACUUUUGCAGUGUCAGAGAGUCCUGAGUGUGAGCAGAGUAAUGGGAAGGUUGUGUGUUCUACAAAUCUUGUAGUUUCUCAACCAUUGAACUUUGAGAACCAAAACAAGUACACCAUCAUCCUUGUGGCUAUAGAUAGUGACAACCUGCAGGCUUCAAAGACUCUUGUGGUGGAAGUGGCUGAUGUCGGAGAAGCUCCAACCGUAAGAUUGUCUUUGCUUGUUACUUAUUGUGUUACAGACAUUGUGUUCAGUAAAAACGUCAUCUCAGUCCCUGAGAACAGUCAGGAUGUUGUCCUGGGCAAGUUCACAGUGGUGGAUGAAGACGCCGAGGACACUCACACCUUCCAGCUGGUGGAUGCUGCAGCGGGAGCCUUUGCUUUGUCCAGCUCGGGUCAGCUGUCUGUCACUAAAGAUGCCCAAAUUGACUUUGAGACUGAAAGCACAUUUAAUAUUUCUGUCGAUGUGAGUGAUUCCACACAGAACAGCUUCAACAAAGUUUUCUCUGGAGUCGUCGUCAAUGUCAACGAGCAGCCAACUGCACUAAAACUGUCAGAGAACAAGAUUCCAGAAGGAAGUCCUCAGUCCACUGUGAUUGGUCAGCUGAUCUGUGAUGACCCAGACAACAAGGACCUGCCCCGUGACUCAGCCUCGCGUCAGACAUUUUCUUUCAUAUUACUGGAUGAUGCUGAAGGAAGAUUUUUCCUCGAGAAGGAUACUCUCAAGCUUAGUGCUCGUGGUGCUGAGUGUUCUGAGACCUGGUGUGGCCUUGACUUUGAGUCAGAGUCUGUUCACGAGAUUCAAAUCUUUGUGGCAGAUUCUGGAGCUUCGCAGCAAACAGCGACCUUCACACUCCAGGUGAAGGUCACAGACGAAAAUGACAGGCCUGUUUUGAAAGCUAUCGAUGUGACACAGAUAAAGGAAGACAUCAACAACGGAGAAGUAGUUACCAGAGUUUUUGCUGUGGAUGAAGAUCAAGAUCAAAGUCUGACUUUCUCAGUCGGAGAUGAAGGCUCCGACAUCUUUAGCUUUGAUGGGGACAGACUCAUUGUGAUUGGCCCUGUGGACUAUGAGGAGGGUUCCUCCGUGUCUGUGGAGAUCAUUGUGACAGACUCAGGGACACCGCCGAAAUCUAGCCAAGCAACGUAUGAGUUUGAGAUUGUGGAUGUAGAAGAGCCACCGUACUCUAUGACUCUGGAGAGUCUGAGAGGAAGUCAGUUCCCAGAUUUUGAGACAGAUCAUCCUGUCAUCAGUGAGGACACAGAGAUGGGAUCCUUGAUCGGCCAAGUGGUCAUCCUUGACCCAGACACGAACGAGGACAUUUCAGUCAUUGUAGAGGGGAGUGCUGUUGAGGUGGACGCUCCAGGAUGUUUGACCCUGACAAAGGGAACCAGAUGUGUUGCCAGUGUGUACUUGGGAAGCUCAUUGAACUAUGAGGAAGAGAAGAAAUUUUCUCUUCCAGUGAAAGCCAUUGACAAAUCUGGGCUAGAGCUGGAGAAAACCUUUGAAUUUGAGGUCAAGGACACAAAUGAUCCACCGUUGGCUUUGCUCUUGGAUGGUGAGGACAUCACUAUGAUCCAAGUGAAGGAAAACUCUCAGGAUGAGACAGUCGCCACUCUAGGUGUGGAGGACGUGGAUGAGGGCCAGACGUUCACCUAUACCAUUUCUGGCAGCUCGCAGUUCUACACUGCUGGCAAUUUGCUGAAGACGACAUCAGCCGCCAGUCUGGAUUAUGAAAGGACACGAGAAAUCAGCAUCAGGUUGAAGGUCACAGACAGUGGGGAGCCUCCCAUGUUCUUGGAGAAGGACAUUAUUGUGCAGGUCCUGGAUGUCAACGAACAGCCAAACGCUCUCAGGUUGUCCAGAAAUAAAGCUUUGCUCUUGGAUGGUGAGGACAUCACUAUGAUCCAAGUGAAGGAAAACUCUCAGGAUGAGACAGUCGCCACUCUAGGUGUGGAGGAUGUGGAUGAGGGCCAGACGUUCACGUAUACAAUUUCUGGCAGCACGCAGUUCUACACUGCUGGCAAUUUGCUGAAGACGACAUCAGCUGCCAGUCUGGAUUAUGAGAGGACACGAGAAAUCAGCAUCAGGUUGAAGGUCACAGACAGCGGGGAGCCUCCCAUGUCCUUGGAGAAGGACAUUAUUGUGCAGGUCCUGGAUGUCAACGAACAGCCAAAUGCUCUCAGGUUGUCCAGGAACAAAGUGAAAGAAGACAGUGAAGUUGGCAGAGAGAUUGGCAGUUUCAUGACCACAGACCCGGAUAAUGCUGGUGGUCUGAGUCAGACCUUCACCUAUGAACUCAUUGAGGGAGGAGAUGACCUCUUUUCUAUCGAUGAUGAUACGCUUAUUGUAGCAAAAUCGGAGUUGGAUUAUGAACAGAAGCCAUCCUUCAUCUUAAAGGUCAAGGUCACAGACACAGGAGAUCCUCCAUUGUCCUCUGAAUUUGACAUUCAGCUCAUUGUUCAAAAUGUGAAUGACCCACCUUUUAACUUGGAGUUAUCAGACAGUACUGUACACUUAUCUUACUCAUUCAACUUGGAUUUCCCAGCAUUCACAAUCGGAGAAGCUGCCCCAAUAGACAGCGUGGUUGGGCAGCUGACUGUGGAAGAUCCAGAUGAUGGGCAAACUGUCAGCUUUACUGUUGUGGAUUCCACCGUGUUUUCAAUCCAAGACAACAAGCUGGUUGUCACUGGUAAUCUGGAUUUUGAGUCAGCACCUACGGUCGGUGUCGAGGUCACUGCAAGUGACAACGGAUUGCCACUCAAAUCUGUGUCAAAGACGUUCACUAUAUCUGUAGAAGAUGAAAAUGAAGCUCCAGUCAAUAUGGAAAUCACCUUGAUGGAGGAUUUUGACAAGUUUACAAUCGCAGAGAAUACAGAAGUGGAUACUGUUAUUGCCUCCGUGAAGUCGUUUGAUCCAGACGGAGUGGACCAAGCCAGUUUGAAAAUGACUGCAAGGUCUUCAAAACAUUUCAAGCUGAGCGAAGCGGGUGUGGAGUGCAAACUGGAAAAUGUUCCUGAACGUGAUUCAUCAUUCACAGUGUGUACCCAAGAUGUUCUCUUGUCUGAGCCAAUUACUUACAAGGCCAGUGCAGAGCCUCUGACAUUAGAGGUUGAUGCCUCAGACAAAGGACAGCUUUCCAUGAGAAACAAAUGGGAGUUCACAGUCACUGACAGCAAUGAUGCACCAACAGUAAGUUCUGUAGGAGCUAUGCAAUGUUUUGAGCAUGUUUUUAUCAAUAUUAUUGUGUGUCUGUUUUGCGGCUCAUAUUACCUGCAGAACCAGAAAGAGUGCUCUAUUGAAUCAUCAGCAAUGACAGAUAUUUUACUUGAACCAGACACACUAGAAGUCCCAGAAAAUGAUCCAAACUACAAGAUUGGAACUCUGAAGUGUGUGGACAGAGAUACUAACCAGCACUAUGUAUAUCAGAUUUUAAACAACUGGGAGAUGUUUCAUGUGGAGAAAGACUCUGUAUUGGCCAAUUACCAGCCCCUGGACGCGGAGACUCAGUCAGAGUACGAAGUCACCAUCCGAUGUGUAGACAGCGGAACCCCAGAGGGCAGCUUUGAGAAAACUUUCACCAUCAAGGUCUUAGACAUUAAUGAGCCCCCAUCAGACAUCAAGUUGUCACACAGUGAGGUUCCGAUGACAGCACAAGAUGGAGACACUGUCGGCUUUGUCUUAGUCUCAGACCCUGACAACUCUGGUGCUGACAGCAAGAAACAAACACACUCAUGUGUCGUCAUGAAUGAAAAGGAAAAAUACUUUAGAAUCAAUCCAGAUGACAAUGCUCUGCAGGUGAACGGAGAUGUUCCUGUGGAAAGAAAGUCUGUGUCCCUGACUACCAAAUGUACAGACAGUGGCCCAGGGAACCUUCCCUUCACCAAGGACUUCACAGUGUUCAUCAUCGAGUCCGCGGAUGUUCCCAAGGCCUUAGUUCUUCAGGGAGAGAUGACAGUGCCAGAAAAUGUGCAGGGUCAAGAAGUCGGAACUUUUGCUGUUAUCAAUGAACUGACGCAAACAGAGAUUGAAGGGGACUACAGUUAUUUUGAUCUGAAAACAGCGGAGACUGAAACAGAAGUUUUCCGAGUGGACGAAAAUCGCUUGAUCAUGGAAACACCAGUAGAUUUUGAAACAAUUCCUGUCCUCACCGUCUCACUGUCUGCAUCAGGCACGGACACAAAAGGAAACCAGGUUGACCUGACUGGGACUUUUAAGUCUCUCUCUCUCUCUCUCUCUCUCUCUCUCUCUCUGUUCCACUCACUCACAAACACAAAUGCACCUCUCACAAACUCCCACACCCAUUCACCUUCACACAAACUGUCAAACAUGUUUACCCUUACACAAACUCUCACACACGUUCAUUCUUGCAUAAAACCUCCACCCACAUUCUCCCUUACACAAGCCCCCACAAAUGUUCACCUCACACAAUAUCAUGUUUACCCUCACAAAUCUGUCCACACUGACACUCAGAUCAAAGUGGAAGAUGUCAACGAGCCCCCAGAACGAAUCAAUAUCUAUGGCGGGGGUACUGUCAACGAGAACUCUCCAGAAAACAGGGUGAUUGGUGACCUGAACACACUGGACCCUGAGCCGUACCAGAUAUACAAGUAUUCACUCAUCUCCGUGGCUCCUGGGGUAAAUGGAGGGGAGGCCAACCCAGAAUUGCUGGAUGCCUUUAAAAUUGAAGGGCGCACUUUGUUGGUGGGACCCUUGACUGAAGCCUUGGAUUUUGAGGUGAAUCCGUUCUUCAGUUUGCUGAUCCAGACGACGGAUUCAGGCACUCCUCCGUUGAGCCUCGAAUACACGUUGAGGAUUGUUGUGAAUGAUGUCAAUGACGCUCCUACUGAUAUCACGCUGGACAAUGAUAAGAUAUCAGAAUCAGCUGUAGUGGAUGAUGUUGUGGGCUCUCUGAGUGUGGUGGACGAGGACACUGAUCAGCAGCACCGCUGUAUUGUACAGAACCUGCAAGAUGUGCCCUUUACAAUUAAAAAUGAUGUCCAAGUGGUAGUCAGUACAUCUGAUCUUGAUUAUGAAGCUCAGAAAACUUUUGUUUUGGAGGUGAUGUGCCAGGAUGAGGGAAGUGACGGAAUUUAUCUCAAAGUGACAAAGCACCUGACAGUGGAAGUAACUGAUGAGAACGAAGCUCCGUACAACAUCAGCCUGUCCAGUCUCAGCAUUGACGAGGGGAACAUUGUUGGACAGCUGGUGGGGGAAAUUUCUGCCACCGACCCGGACAGUAAGCAGAUGUUCUUUGAACUUGAGGGUGACACAUCGGUCUUUGAGAUCCAAGGCGACGGCUCUCUCACUGCAAAGCAAAUAUUGGACUUUGAAGACAAAAACAGUUACUCUGUGACAAUCAAAGUGUUGGAUGAAGGAGGGCUCUCCUCAAGUGAAACUUUCACUAUCAAGGUUAAAGAUGUGAAUGAAAAGCCAACAGCCAUCACUCUUAGCAACAACAUUGUAGCUGAAAGUGCUGAGCGUGGCACAUUGAUAGGUCUGCUGAGGACAGAGGACCCAGACAGGGGGCAGGCAUUUACGUACACACUGACAGAAACAGCUCCAGCUAAUGGGCACUUUGUUGUUGUCGGUGACCGACUGGAAGUUGGGGAGUCCAAGCUGAACUUUGAACAAGACAAGUCUUACAGGAUAUCUGUUACUUCUCAGGAUGACGGAACACCAGCUAAGUCUUUUAAAAUGGAGUUUGAAAUCCAAGUGACAGACGCCAAUGAGCCCCCGACAGAGAUCACAGUGAUGGAGCCAGUGGAAGUGGAGGAGAACUCCGCACAGCAGACGGUACUCUCCGACAUCACGGUUAUGGAUGAAGAGCCGAACCAGAUUCAUUCUUGCCAGAUUACCACACAGGGGACACCAUUCUCAGUGUCUACAAAUCCUGAAGGGAAAAUGCAGCUUGUAGUCUCUGAUGUGGUCAAUUUUGAAGACAAACCAAACUUUGAUAUUGUCCUGAAGUGCUCAGAUGGAGAAUUUGCUAUUGAGAAAGAAAUUGCUGUUGCCGUAAAGGAUGUGAACGAGCCCCCGACAAGCAUCACUCUGUCAGGUAUCCAAGCUCUGCCAGCCAUGAGUGACGGAGAUUACGAGGUCGGAUCCCUGACUGUGGAGGACGAAGACAAGGGGCAGACACACACUUUCUCCACCAGUGGCCCCAACUCUGACUUGCUGAGUGUUCAAGGUGGCGACCUCCUGAUCCUCACAAAGCCCAUCUCCCCUGAGCUCCUGGACAGACCAAGCCCAACAGUGGAGGUCACUGUGGUUGUGGUGGACAAUGGUCAGCCUCACUUGACCUACACACAGAUGCUGAGUCUGCCUGUCACAGGCAUGGACCUGGAAGCUCUCAAGCUGCCUGACAUCACCAUUGACAAUACCAAAAUAGCAGAAGAUGCCACAGCUGGGACUGUUGUUGGAGAAAUUUAUGACAUCAAGACAGGAGUCAAAGAUACUGUUCAGUUCUCCAUCAUUGAAGAUGAAAGUGCUUUAUUCGACAUCAAAGACCAGAAUCUCAUCCUUGCUAGAAACAUUAGCGAAUUUUUUGGAAACUCUGCGGAGGUCACCAUCCAGGCUAAGAGCACUCAGACACAGGAGGAAAAAUCCCGAACUAUUACAGUCAUUAUAACGCGGUCAGAUAAGUGUUAUAAUGAUGGUAAGACGUGUGACGACAAUGCGAGAUGCGUCAAAGUUAACGACACGCUCCAUGAGUGCAAGUGUAAUGAGGAUUUUGAAGGCAAUGGCUUCUCUUGUCAACAGAUUGAUGACUGUGAGCUACAAAACGGUCAUGAGAAAUGUAAAAAUGGAGAAUGCAAAGACGACAUCAACUCUUUUGUUUGCCAGUGUCAGGAUGAUUACACUGGGGAAUUCUGUGAGGUUCUGCCAGAAGACAAGGACCCAUGCUUCGGUCACACCUGUAAAAACAAGGCUGUUUGUCUCCGAGGACAGGAUUUAGAAAGUUACAGCUGCGAGUGUGCACCUGGGUGGGAAGGGGAAAAAUGUGAGACCAGUAUUGAUGACUGUGAGAAUGAACCCUGUCAAGCAGGAGGUACUUGUGUGGACGGACAUCUAGCUUUCUACUGCGAGUGCCCGUCAGGCAGAGAGGGUCACCUCUGCCAGUUUAACUCUGAUACUUGUGAAGAAAAUGGCUGCAACUCUGAGGAAGUAUGUGUUCCUAAAGCGAAUGAAGAUGACAGUAUAUGCUCCUCAUCCAAAAGGAAAGCUAAAUUGUCUGUCAAAUGUAAAGCAAGUGAUACACCUGUUAUGUGUCUGAGCAGAUUUUUAAACUUUGUCUCACAGAAUGGUCGCUUCCCAUCAGUAGCUUCCAGUAUUGAGGAUAAUAAACCUUCUGUGCUGGAGACUGCCAGGAGAAAAAGAAAUGCUCGAUUUGCCAGCAUCCAUCGAAUGUUCCCCACAAAAAUAAUGCAGUCAGAUUUGCUCAGUUUAGAGCAACGUAGAAAACGUCAGUCAGGAAAUGAUGUGCAAGAGGUGGCUGUGUACCCUCUCGAGUGGGACGUGCAGAGCAAUGGAGAUUUGGAGGUGACGUUUGUCGUGAUGGACUCUGUGGAUGUCCCGUACACAGAGGAAGAUAUUGUGUCAGCUCUGAAGGAGACUUGUGACUCUAUAUCAUCCAGUGACCAGACUGAGACAGACUAUUGCCCCUCCAUUGAAAAGUCUUUUGAAGAAAUGCAGCCAGAGUCCGAAAAUCCUUCUGGUGGUGAAGGUGAGGGUGGUCCUUCCAUGGCUGUCAUUGGUGGAGCUGCAGGAGGAGGCAUUGUCGUUAUUAUCACCAUCUUAGUGGUAGUGUUCAUCGUGCGUCACAAGACAGGAAAUAAAGACGACGGAGACAGUGGGUCAGCAUCCAAGCCGAUAGAAGUGUCCCAGCUGUCAGAAGUUUCGGAGCCAUCAGAAAUUUCCCAGCAUUCAUCUUCCUCCACUCAGCCAGACGAUGAAAUUGGUGACAGGCUCUAACAAGGAUCAAAUGAGUAAAUCAUGAUGGAAAAUUUUGGAAUUGAAUCUGCGCUUCUAAUCUUUUCUGAUGCCCUUGAUCUAUGAAUUGCAUUAGAAAGGCAGAAAAAGAAGUUUGUUUCGUGGGGAAUAUA